AUGACAUCAAUUCCUGUAGAGCUUUGUGCUACAUUUGAUGCGGAUGAAAUACGUCGAUUGGGUAAACGUUUUAAAAAAUUAGAUAUUGACGGUAGUGGUUCAUUGAGUGUACAAGAAUUUAUGUCUAUACCUGAAUUACAACAAAAUCCACUUGUACAACGUGUUAUUGAUAUUUUUGAUACUGAUGGAAAUGGAGAAAUUGAUUUUAAAGAAUUCAUCGGUGGUAUUUCACAAUUCAGUGUUAAAGGAGAUAAAGAAUCAAAAUUAAAAUUUGCUUUCAAAAUCUAUGAUAUGGAUAAAGAUGGUUAUAUAUCUAAUGGUGAAUUAUUCCAAGUAUUAAAAAUGAUGGUUGGUUCAAAUUUGAAAGAUUCACAAUUACAACAAAUUGUUGAUAAAACAAUUAUUAAUGCAGAUAAAGAUGGUGAUGGUAAAAUUAGUUUUGAUGAAUUUUGUGCCUGUGUUGGCGAUACAUUAAUUGAUGAUAUUCAAAAGAAGAUGACAAAAAUUCCAUUUAUCUAUUGUGUAACUAAAACAAUAUCGACAAUGUGGUAUGAUGAAGACUCAGACGAACAAGAAAAUACUGGUCCAAAGAAUGGUCAAAUAACAGAGAAAAAUCCAAAUGAUGAAAAAAAGGAAAAAUGCAAGUGUAAAAAAGGAUGUUCGAAACGUUCUUGUUGUUGCUUUAAAUUUGGUAGUGGAUGUAAUUCAUCAUGUGGAUGUGGCUCAUCUUGUCGAAAUAUGUUCAAUCAUCUUGAAUAUUUCUUUGGCGAUGAUAAUAAUAAAUGUGCCGCAAAUCCUUGUUUUGCUAGAUGGCUUGUUGAACAUGCUAAAAAUACAGAUGGUUUUAAAUUGAUCGAUCGUGAUGAAUUACGUCAAUUGAUCAUGAAAUGUCCCAGUUUUCCAGAUAUGUCUUAUGAUGAAGAUUUAGAAGCAUGGACGAAGAAAUGGCAAACAAUUAGUGAAAAUGAAAAGUUGGCUCAUACUCAAAAACUUUUUCGAAUGCUUCUAUCAGAUGAUACAACAAUGCAUUAUUAUUCAUUUUGUCACAAUGAUUUAUUCCAAGAAGAUUGCUAUUGGCAUUGUAUAGUAUGUCAGGAAUGUUUGAAGUGGAGAGAAUGGCAUUGUGGUGUAUGUAAUAAAUGUAUGUAUUUCAGUUUUUUUUUUUUUAAUAAAAAAAAACUAAUGAUCUUUGAUCGAAUAUAUCAACUUUGUGGAUUUCUUCUAGGUACCUAUGGUGUCAGCUUGCCAUGUGAAGGAUGUGGAGGAAGAAGUCAAAUGUCUGAUUCCUUUUAG